AUGAUCAUCGACGCGAUCGAGCUGAUCCUCUCGCUGCUGCGAAUGAUCACGUCGUUUGCCGUGCUCGUCGGCAACAUCCGGAAAACCUUCCUCCCCGCCCAAAUCAAAUACCUACAGCCCGGCCAGCAUCACUACGAUUAUUACCUGCUCAACGCCAUCUUCAGGGUGACCACCUUCAUGGACGUGACCAUGUUCUCGCUCAACUUUUAUCGUGGAUCUACUAAGCCCGCAGUGGCAUCUGUUCUGUCGGCUCGGCUUCUGCCGCUUCUGGUUCUGGUGCGGAGUCCUCGUGACGAUUGCCGUCACGACGAUGGUGUGGCCGAUCUGCUCAUAUUCAGUCUGUCCUAUGACCAGCUGUCGAACGUGCAAAUCGGAGUUGCAUUCCUG